AUGUGUAGCGAAGAGUGCUUCGGUAACCAGUAUAGGGGAUGUGGGCACUACGUGCGCGUUUAUUACACGGGGCACAGAACAGACUGCGGCUCCCCAGAUUGCGCACUAAGCGCAGCACAUAAGCACAAGACCACCAGAGUGUGUUCAUGCAGUACAGUUACCUACGAUCAGCGGAGAGUGAUGAACCUCUUUCAGGAGCCCUGCGACGACUGUAAGGAAGCGGGCUACUACGACCGCGGUCGUCGCCGUUGA